CCAAAGCAUAGGUCACAUGACAAAAGGCUUGCAAUUUUGUUUACAUGUACUACCAUCGUUUGUCAAAGAUUAUUAAUUAUCCCAGUUCCAAUUAUUAAUCAUCUUUAAACCGAUAGUGCAAAUAUUAGGUGAGUUCAAAAGUAUCACCUCGAUGUGCUUAAACUUAAUUCACUUAUCAUUUAUGUAAAUUUUACAUUACAUGCUGAAUUUUAUUCGGUCUUCCAAACUUUAGCCUUUAGCCUUAGCCUUUAGUUAGACUGACUUUACUUUAUAAUUUAUAUUAUUUAUAAUUUAUAACUUUAGACUUUAGCACUUACACUUACUUUAUUAGUAGCCUACUUCAGGCCUCUAACUUAGCUUACUUUGACUUAACUAAUGACUAAAACUACUAAGAGUUAAGAGUAAGACUAAUGCCACUUAGGGGACUUAAAAAAAAAUAUUAUACUAUACGUAAAAAUCUUUAAGUUUAGUAAGUUAGGGCAUGCGGGGAUUAGUAGUCAAUGAUUGAAUUGACUUACGCAGACCUGCUAACCCCUACGCUUUCGCCGUGGUAACUAGAUUUAAAGCCUAAGAGUGCAUGGCACUACGACAGCCUUGAAAACUACGGUUCAGUUUUGGGAGAUUUUUCGUUUGUUUGGUUUAAUUAAAAAAAAAAAUGGGUUGUUUUCAGUAAAACGUUACCGCAUUUUUGUGUUAACACCGUAGCCUACGGCCUAGGCAAUCAAAUAAGAAUAACCGUGAUUCGCCAUGGCGGUCUGGAUAAACUAAACCAACCAGAAUAUUAUCUUUUAGAGGAUUGCGUUGUUAAUACUUAACUGCCUAAGACCUUUUCUCAUCCCUAAGCCUAAGAAAUAAAUCGCAGGACUAUAUCCUGUAUAUUUAUUUGUGUUAACUUAAAUAAGCAGUCGAGUGGAUUUCCUACACAACUUGGUCUUGUAAUUUUAUUGCAAACCAGCCCACCCCCCUCGUAAUAGUGCUAUGAUUAUGAAAUUAAUUUUUACAAUUCACUUGUUGCCAAUUUCUGUUCUUUUCUUUCUUUUUUUUACAACUUGGACAUGUCAAUUGUUAGUACUGUAGUUAGUUUACUCACCAUUAAGAUGUUUUUCCUUCUAUGAACAUUGAGAAAGUUACAUGUUCAGACUUCAGAAGUAUUAAUAAAUUACAUUAGUGACAAUACAAAACAUUUCUGGUACUUUUAUACUUUAUUUUUCACCUAUAUUCACAUGCCAUUCCUGAUUAAUACAAUGUAAGGUUUCCGUAUGUCCAUAUAACAAACAUUAUACUAUAUAAUGCACAGUAAUGAAUUUUUUCUUUUCUCUUCAGGAAAGCAUAAUAUCCUUCGGUCAAUUUUAAUUAACUAUUUUCGUUAAGGGGGGGGCUCUUCCCCCCCAAACCACCCUACCCCCUUGUCCCAGGUUGCCCCAGAAAAAUCUUUUUCACCGUACAUUGCUAUUACUAAUACAAAAUUACUGUUAUGUCUGGCCCAUCUGGUUCUACCUUCAAGUAAUUCUUCAAUUUUAUUUUCCUUUAAUAAUGUACUUUAUUAUCAUUAUUAUCUGACAUCAGUCAUGACAUGAUUCAUCUGAAUAUUAUUUCAUUAAGCUAAAUCUAUUUCAAUCUUACUUACUGAUGCUAAAUCGCUUAGGGUUGCGACUGUAUUGACAUAUUAUUUUACUAUCAUAUUCAUAUAAAACUCAAUAAAGGCUACAGGCUUGAUGUUCACUUGAAGGGCAUGAUUCAGUUCUUACUGAAUCAAAUCUGACACAGACCUUAGCCUUACCAUUGUAUGCAGAAAUUAGUUCUAAACCAAUUUGUCUGAAACUAAUUUGAAUGUAGUACUUCUUUUUAAAAAAUGGAUUGAUUAUUUGCGUCCUAAUAAAAAUGUUAUUAUGAGUUCCAGCUAGUGGCUUAUGAAGGUGAGGCGGAGAGUCGGUCGCCUCGAGUGGGCACCUUUUUCUUUAUAUGGAAGGGCGGCAUUUUCUGCCAAGCAUUAACCCAAGCUUAACCACUGGACCCAGCUAAAGCAGCCUGAAACCUCCUCUCACCUAUCCAGGUUCCAGGUUCAUGUUCCGAAAACAUGCAAAUAAAGUAGUGAUUUUAAUGCAGCUAUUUAUAUAAAAAUUACUCCUUAUAAAAAUAAAGGUUCUCACUCAUUCCAUCAAUGCUUUUUGUCCUCCUGUUGAAAAAUAUUUAAAAUCUGCUAUGGCUGGCACCAUUUCCUCAAACUUUUUGGCUGCUGCCAAUUUAAGAAAGCUGUAAGAAAAAUAUGUUGAAUAAAAUUAGACUUGUAGUCAGACUUGCCAACCUGUGGUAUCAAAAAACUUUACUACAAAAAUUCCCAACAAACUGCAACAGCAUGAAAAACUGUAUAGAAAAAAUUAAAGUUGAAAUAAAUUGAAAUAAGUAAAAUUUAUAACUUUUUUAUCAUUGCUUUGAAUGCAUGAAUAAAAAAUUGAUAGUCUCCCCUUGCUGCACUCACAUUCAAGCACAUGAGUAUCAUUCUAAAAUUGAUAUAUCACAUCUUUUUAAUGAAAAUAGCUUGUUAUAAGUCUGAAUUUUGUCAAAUUUUGAGGUUUUUUAUACAAUGGUCAAUAGCAAUUUUAUUAAAAAUAGACAGAUGAUGAAUUAGAUAGCUUUUAGAUAUAAUUAGUCAUAAUUCUUUUGUUAAAUAUACUAGCUGUAGUAAUACAGAUUCCUAUAUUUAAGUUAUCAAAGUAAAAUAAAGUUUGUCCGUCUUGACAAAGUUGUUGAUUUUACCUUCAGCUUAUAACCUUGUGUUUUGAACAUGCAAAAAUACCUCUUUUCUAAAUCCAGUAAAAUAAAUUGUACAGAGCCUCAUGGCCGUACACUUCGACAAUAGCGUAUAAAAACUGUACAAAGUAAGGGUCAACCCUACAGGUUGGUAUGUAUGCUUGUAGUUUAUAUACACACAAGAGUAAGACUCUUAUAAUAAUAUUAAUACAUAAUGCAGCUUAGUUCUAGUCCUAGUACAUUUUUUGUUCUUUUAUUUUAAAUCAAACUUGUUAAAACGUGGCUUCGAGAGCUAAUUUGUGAAAUAGGGCUUCAUUAUUGAAGUGGGACUAUGGAUAGCUUUACAUAAUGAUGUUAAGUGUUAAUUACUAAUACCUUAAAAUUUUUUAUCAUUAUAAAGCUAUGUGAUGAAUAUUGUUCUAACCUAUUUUUAUUAACUAGGCAGUUGCAUUCUGGAUUUCAUAGUCAAUGUAUAAAUCUACCAAGCCAAAAUUUGGAUAGAUUAGAAACUCUAUUAUCAAAAGUGUUAUUAUUUGCAGUCUGGGGUUGCAUAAUUGCUGGCAUACUGUUUAUAUUUAUAAAAUAUACAAACAUAUUUAUAUGGGUAUUUAAAAAAACUACUUAUGCUUUGAUCUAAAAGUAAGAGUUAUUAUUAGUCACUUUUUUAUUUAAAAAAUGCUUUUAUAAUGAUCUGAAUACAAAAAAAUAAUAGUCCUUAUGAUCUCUUCCCUGGCCAAUGUGCCAUCAACAUUCUGUAUAAUGCUCGUUCAGAUCCAGUGGUCAUUCGGGCAUGUGCCCUUGGGACUUCAAAUUCUGGAUAGUUUACAUUGUAUUUUUUUUAAUCACCAUAAGUAUUGUUUCUUAAUUCUGGGAGAAAUUUGAUAGAGAAAAAUUUAUGUUUAAUAUAUAUCAAACUCAAUUUUAUAAAUGGAAAAGGGAGGGAAAAUCUGUCACCUUACUUAUCGCCUAAGAUGAACAUUUAUUAUGCUUUGCUUGAAACAAAUUAUAUUCUUAACACUAUUGACUCAUUGACAGUGAGAAAAAUGACAGCGUUAAGUGUAUUUAUAAACUUGUAUACAUGCAGUCCGACCCUUAUUUAUGAUCCCUUUAAAGUUUUUAAUGUCAGCCUGCUCCGGGACCUUUCCUGGUUUUUUUCUUAGUUACCCCCAAAUAAAGUGGCCUGAAAAAAUAAUUCUGAAUGCACAGGAAUCAAGAACGGUUCAGCUCUGAGUCAUCUUGAGUAAAACUUUGUUAACAUUUCAUUUAACUGUCGAGUAGAGGUUUAACUGACACUGAUUCAAUUUGUCCCUCAAAAAACAGUACAUAGACUGAUGGCCGUAAAUAAUUCACUGGUUAUUACAAAAUACGCUCCCUAAAAGUUUGAUGUGUUUGUAUAGGUAUAUUUGACCAGUUUGGCGUGUUUGUAUAGGUAUAUUUGACCAGUUUGGCGUGUUUGUAUAGGUAUAUUUGACCAGUUUGACGUGUUUGUAUAGGUAUAUUUGACCAGUUUGACGUGUUUGUAUAGGUAUAUUUGACCAGUUUGACGUGUUUGUAUAGGUAUAUUUGACCAGUUUGACGUGUUUGUAUAGGUAUAUUUGACCAGUUUGACGUGUUUGUAUAGGUAUAUUUGACCAGUUUGACGUGUUUGUAUAGGUAUAUUUGACCAGUUUGACGUGUUUGUAGUUAGGUAUAUUUGACCAGUUUGUCAUGUUUGUAUAGGUAUAUUUGACCCCUUGAUUCCAAAAAAUUGCACCAGUUUCCCCCACCAGCUCUAGUUUUUGAAGAUAUGUCACUUUUAAGCAUGAAGCAUAAUCUCUUCUCUUAUAUAUAUUUUGCUUCUGAUGUUACUGAGUGAAAAAUAAAAAACUCACGCCACGAUGUCAUUGCGUGACGGUUGAACUCGGGUAAAAAGAUUGAAUUUUUUUCUGUAGGGGGAGGCCACUGUUAUUCAGUGUUUUUAUUGUUCCUAUUCCUCUGUCACAAAGGGAGCUUCAUGCGUACAACGUUAUUUUUUUUCCGGGAUCCGGCAACUGCUUGUUCCCAACAGCGUGUUAUUUCUUGACGCAAAUGGUUGACGAGGGCUAUGCACUCUCACUAUAACAUAAGGCAGUACAUUUCGUUGUAUAUUAUGGAAAAUGAGAAGUUAACUCUUUUUUUGUAACACUUGGACCCACCGGGUAUUUUCUCAAAAUACCUGGACCCAGUGUAAAAAAAAACAACUGACCUAGUUAUAAUUAUUAAAAGAAAAGUGCGUUACAUUAAGAUGUACUCAUUUUAGACCAGAAGCACAAACUUGCUGGAAAGUUUGAAUUCUACAAAAAUUAAGCUCGUUUUCCAAGACUUCUUAGAUAUGCUCUUCCAGGACAGCUCCAACAAAAAAUCUCCAUAAAAUGCCCAUUUUAAUUUCCAUGGUAUUCUGGCCGCUUUUGCAUGUACUUGUCAUAGUGAAACCUUUGACUUCACUUUUUACCUCAGUGUUCUCUAAGUGAUUGCAUUAAAGUUUUCACCAAAAAAAAUAAAUGAAGACCCUAGGUCCAUGAUUAAAUUUCACUAAUUGAUGUUUGGAAAUGUGGGCCAUUUAUGCUUUUCCUGAUCCGUGGGCCAUUUAUGCUUUUCCUGAUCUGUGGGCCAUUUAUGCUUUUCCUGAUCCGUGGACCAUCGAAAUUCCAACUGUCAGUUUCUCUGGGACCAAUCCAUGUUCGAUGUGCGUUGAAAGUUUAUUUGUUUUCUUUUCCUUCAUAUUUGAGGGCCGACGAUCAAUUUAUUGAUCAUUUUGGAUCCUGAGGUGAAUUUCAGAGUUGCCGUCCAAGGCUGACAAGUCCCAUCCACCCGGGGUGCUUUUGAUGGUGGCUUUGGUGGGGAUUGAACUCCAGACCACUAGCUUUUUCCUUUACAAACUGCUGUAUCAGGCAGGCAUAGAGCUACAUAUAAUAUAUUUGCAUUGGUAUGAUUUAUCUCUUGUUACUAAAUAAAGCUUCAUUGAUUACAAUUUUCUCUACGACCAUCAUAUUUCCCUUUACUACAAUAUUCUUCUCGGAGGCAAAUCUGCUCUUGACAUAUUUUCAUGUGUGGCUCUACUAUGCCAAAGACUAGAGAAACAAGGAAGGUAUACUUUAAUGGAACCGGGGGGGGGGGGACAUUUCCAAGAGGACACGUCACCCACCCAACGAUGCUUUUACUUUUUUAAUUUUGAAUAGUUCAAUAGAUUGCCGUGCAUUUUCUCUAACCCUGCGGGAUCGAUUGAAUGCAAUAUAAAAGCAUAUAUUGAGCCAUUUAUUAUUAAAAUGACACAUUUUAAAACCAUGUUUUUAACUGUCUGCGAAAAAGAGGACACAGAGGUCACACACUAGGGUUAUAUUCUGAGAGACAUGCUCUUCGUAAGAUUGCCGGUGUCAUUGCUUAAUACUAAGUUCUAGUCUCGGGUAAAAAAAUGGCAGCUCGUCAUUUUCCGUCCAGACGUUUCCAUGCUCAAGUGCAUUCUUUUCCCAAGUCUAGAGAAGGGGUGGGGCAGCUGUUUUAACAGAGCAGGUUGGGAAUCUUUGGAAAGUUUAAUUUAUCUGGCUAAGAAAAUGAUGCUUAGCCAUCUAAAUUUUAUGGACACAAUUAGUUAAUAAAGCAGAACGAGUGUAUUAUGUCCCUUGAACUUAAUGUGUAUGCAGAGCCGUUUGGAGGCCCCCCGUGCAAUUUGUACGUUAAGAUUUUGCUUCAAAUUUAUUUUUGAACGCAUUACAUUGUUUUACUAUACAGUAUAGUACGUUCAAAAAGAAAUUUAACGAAUAUUUUAACGUGUGUACAGAAACAAAGAUUCGACCAAAUUUCUGUUCGAUCAAAUAUCCGUCGAUUAAUUUGCCGUCGACGAAAUUUCUUUCGAUCAAUUUUCCGGUAACGAUAAUUGUUGGGGUUGUUGUUUUUAAUAAAUCUUAUCUAUUGAAAGUAAAUUCUAACUCGACUUUCCCCAACAACCUAUCAGGCGCGUGUUUGUCAUCGUCUGUGCACUGCUGAGGUCGGUCACGUGUGUUGUCAUCACUGAAAUGGGUCAGUUACAUGCACAACAGCUGUUCGGUCAUCAGCCCUGCAUUGUUGUCGCGUGACACUGAGGGGCGUAAGACCUAUCCAGUUACCUUGGCGUAGGUGUCGCCAAUGUCCCCAAUGAGCGCAACCUGCCCGUCCUAAUUGCUACAAGUGUGCUGGUGCAUAGGCCGUUCCGCGGGUUAAAUUUAAAAGCAAUAAGUGUCAUAUAAUUCGAGCUUAUUUCUCUUUUAGAGCCCUGGCCUUGGGGGCAGUGGCGUAGCUAGGGCUAGUGCUGCCCGGGGCGGGCCAAAAUUUUUGCCACGAAAAAGCUGCUUUUACCGAAAAUACCACAUCUCGUUAUAGAGUCACCCCCCUCCCUCUUUUCUCCCUUCCAACGCAGGAAUUAUUGCUACCCCUCUUCCACGAAAACACCUCGGCGAUUGGCUAAAGAUUCCGCCCGGGGGUAUCUACUCAAUCUUCCUCCGUUCCUACGCAACUGCUUGGGAGGGGGGUGGAGGUUAAAUGCCUUACAUGCAUUUGGAAUUUGUCACCCUUUCACCCCCCACCACCUGUGACAUGAGCGUCUUUCGAUGAGUAAAAUAAGUCGAUUUGCAAAUUCAAUUUUUUUGUCAAACUCUCUUACCUCCAGCCCCACCCAUAUUGUAAUGGAACAAAAAUAAUAUAAUAAACUACUUAUCUGAGCGCUACCUUCCACAAAAAAGAACAAUGCAACAAUAAAAACACCUGAACAAUUGAAGGUAAAUAUCUCUUUGGUUUACUCACAGACCAAAGUACUUGGUUUACCCAACGUACUUGGUUUACACAUAAACCAAGGUAAAUAGUUUCACAAACACGGGGUCGGCUGUGUCGUGUGCAAGAGUGCUCUCGCGUCACGGGUCGUCAAUCACAGGGCUGAUGUUGACGUCCUCCUGGCCGCGGGCCAGACGUCUGUGCUCGGCUGAUUACACGCCACAAUGGGGAAAACAACCGUGUGCCAUUAUGGCCCUUUUACCGAAAUGAACAUGUUAUGACGGCGACACCGCCAAGUCCACCCCCGUGGAGGUACCGGUAUAACACGGUUGUGUCAUUGGCGUAUAAAGUUCUGCAUGUCCAAUAGUUGCAGUGACUCUGUUAGGUUCAUACUCAUGUACACGCUGGUAGGGGAGUAGCUGAGUGUGUGACGGCCCGGGGCGGGACUUUGUCGCCCUUAGCUCGCGAAAACCACCACACAAAAAAACCAACCCACAAAAACACCAUGAUAUACGGUAAAAUAUAUGCAAUGGACCGACAUUGCCGUCCUGGUCUGACCGUCACACUCUUCCUAUUGUCCUAUACCAUUAGGCCAGGCCUGCACAACUCAAAAUGUAAGGCGGGCCGUUAUACAUUAGGAAAACUUGUGCGGGCCAAAAGAAAAUAGGAUAGGACUUGUGCGGGCCAAAAGAAAAUAGGACAGGAGGGGCAGGUAUUAAGAAAAUAAUAAGAAUAAGGAAUAUUUCGUUACUUCGCGGGCCGCAAAGUGGGUGCUGGCGGGCCACAUGCGGCCCGCGGGCCGUAUGUUUUAUGUUGUGCAGGCCUGCACUAGGCCAUUGAGAGUCCCAAGACGCACUGACGCAUUGAAGGAGAGGUCCCGUCCCCCUCCCCCCACUGUCGAAAACAGAACCACCACGACUUGGACUGAUGGUCUACUUGAACGGAUUCAUUUGGUGCACGUCAAGGGUCAAAGUGACACCAGUGUACGAGUUAAAACGCAAUUAUCUUAUCAUAAAACAAAAGCUACACAUUUUCAAUAAUUAUAUCAUAUCAUAUGGGCGUGUUUCAAACAAUUUGCAUAGGGGGCGGGGCGUGUCUGAUGUUAUGGUGGGCAGUGAAAAGGACGUAGGAAGGGUGGGCAGAUGGUUGGAUCGCCCCCCCCCCCCCCCCGCGGGCUUUUAAUUUUUUUUUUUUUAUGGAGGGGCGGCAUCUUCAGCUGCAGAGUUUUUAACUAAGAAGUCGGCGGCAAAUCCCUCGGCCAGCCCAGGGUGGCACUUUCCGUAGCUACGCCACUGGGCGUCCAGGAUCACGUAUAACUCCACCACCUUCGCCCAACAUCAACUAAAUUAACGGUAAUUGUAGCUGAGGGUAUGUUUUAGGUCCCGGCUAAGUUAUAACCCUUGAAAAUAUAUAAUCAGAUAUAGCACAACUGUAUAUAUAUACCUUCGAGCCGCAUGUAGACGAAGCUGGGGCAUCUCUUCAGGAAUGAAACGAGUGAACUGCGCAGGCCCAACUGUGUCGUACUUUGCAUUUAGUGUCUCAUUAAACCGCAGCUCUAUUAGCUCCAUCUCAAAAUUUACAGGUGCAGUUUCCACGUCUAUGACAAAUGGGUUGCGAAACAGCUCGAAAUUACAUUUCUGUGAUUCAUAGUCACUAACGCGCGUGCGAACUCGGCGCGACGUAAGCUAAGUCUUUCAACAAAGUGUGCAUCGGGAAACACCAUUGCGUUGACUUGGAUAUAAUUGUACGCCGGUCAAGACCUCGGGGGCCUGAUAUACUUGUUCGGCGGGCCAAUGUGUCCCGCGGGCCUUGAUUUUGACACAUGUGCAGUAAAGGUAUCCAGACUUGCGUUAAAUAAUUCGGAUCGUCGUAGCGAAGUUUCAUUGUUCAAACUGUUUCUAUAAUUUCAUUCAAAUAGUUAUUAGAAAAAAAAUACAAUUAAGUAAUCGUUUUUAAAAAUUAAAUACAUAUUCGCUUUAUUGUUUGCACACAUUUUUCACCGGAGAGACGCCUGCAAUAAACAGUGUUCAUAUAACAGGGCGGAGAACCAGGGUAAAUUAUUAUCUAUUUAUUAUUUUUUGAUGCUUUGCCAUUUGGGGUGGAUAUAUAUAUAUAUAUAUAUAUAUAUAUAUAUAUAUAUAAUUAGAUUUUUAAAAAAACAAAGCAAAAUAUCUAUCAGUAUAUUUUUUUAUUAUUUUUUUUCUCAUGUAGUCCAUUAGUCAUAAUUAUAGCUUCCUUUAAGUGUUGAUACACGUUGAGAUUAUAUGAUGUUCAUAUAACAGAGGGGAGAGUCACGGUAAAUUAUUAUCUAUUUAUUAUUUUUUGAUGUUUUGUCAUUUGUGGUGUAUAUAUAUAUAUAUAUAUAUAUAUAUAUAUAUAUAUAUAAUUAGAUUUUUAAAAAAACAAAGCAAAAUAUCUAUCAGUAUAUUUUUUUAUUAUUUUUGUUCUCAUGUAGUCCAUUAGUCAUAAUUAUAGCUUCCUUUAAGUGUUGAUACACGUUGAGAUUAUAUGAUGCUCGUGAUCACGGGCUAAAAAUAAAUAACUAAAUUCCCCCACUUCAUUACCGGUGCCGCUUUAUCAUAUGGGUCGGCGCCUUAGUGGGAAAGUCAGCCACGACUCUUAUCAGUGGUACCCAAAGGCUUCUCAUGUGUUAAUAUGCUGAUGGGAUCGUAUUGGCCACACGUGCACGGGGGCGGCUACGCCCCUGCUUUCUUAAACAUUAUCACCCGCAGACGCCGUUGGCAGUGUAACAAUGAGGAACAAAAGAUAUGAUUCCGGCAUCAUAGCAACGAUACAAAAGUCGAGUCCAUGCGACCGAUGACGUCACAUGGCCUCAGUGGGGGAGCCAGGGUUGAUGCUGCCCGGGGCGAGCCAAGAUUUUGUGCCGCCCUACCUCCCACGAAGAAGGUUAACAGUUAUUCGAAAAUGCCGCCCCGCAAUACAUAGAAGACAAAAAAAAAAUUUCCGACCUGGACCUGAAUCUCCGCCCCUUGCCCCCCCCCCCCGCGCAGUCUAGCGCGUGCCCUACUUUAAUUUAUAGGGUUUGAUGCAUGUUAAUACUAGCCUAUAUAUUAAACAUAUAAACAUCAGGUGUUUUCCCAACCCGCAAGGCCCUCAUUUUUAAAGAAAACCCUACCCCCCCCCCCCGCCCUUUUUAAAAAAACAACAACAAAUCCUACAACUGCUAAGAAUGACUGAGGAAGGUCACCCUAGUAUAGGGAGGAUCAAAACAUUGGACAUGAUUGGAUCAGAGCAGGAGGGUUAAAGUAUCAAAUGGGGGAAACCGAUGAAAAUUGAAUCUCGACGGAAACAUCUUUUUGUGUGUGUGAUCAAACGGAAACAAUAAGUGGGAAGUCAUUUGAUUUACCGCUUUCGGUUCCGGUAAGGCCAUGUAUCCAUACGCGUCUAGGUGGGGGUUAUAAACUUCCUGGUGACUCUUGGGAGAUUUUAUAAAUAAUAUAAGAAGAAAAUAUCGCGUGGUCAUGGCAGAGGUUCCCAGAGUCUUGCGAGUGGUUGUAUUGCGUAAAAUACAUGUGCAUUUAAUGCAAUCCAGUAGCUAUGCCUAGGCAGUAAGGGGAUCGAUGGUGCACUUGUGGAAGGGUCUCAGUAAGUGUGUACUGUACAUGCAUACAUUUGUGAGCUUCUUGCAAUUACCUUGCUCCUUGCACUUGCCUUCCCUGGGUGUAAUACUUGCCUUACCCUGGGCGUUAUACUUGCCUUGCCCGGGCGUAAUACUUGCCUUUCCCUUGGCGUUAUACUUGCCUUUCCCUUGGCGUUAUACUUGCCUUGUCCUGGGCGUAAUACUGGCCUUACCAUGGGCGUAAUACUUGCCUUGCCCUGGGCGUAAUACUUGCCUUACCCUUGGCUUAAUACUUGCCUUGUCCCAGGCGCCAAGAAAUACCUCGCGAUGGGCAACCCACACCGCGUCACUGCUUCAGCUCUAGAAGAACUGUUUAUUUUGUUUACCAUGGUUACCCAUCAAAUUCAAUGUGAAUGUGGUCUUUUUAAAAAAAACUUUUAUUAUUCGUGUUAAUUAAAAUAAUGCAGGCGGUUUCGACUUAUGAAUUCUAUGAAAUAUUUAUACAGAAAUCACUUUGUGGGCCGCAAGAUACUCCAUAGUGCGUAAUUAAGGGACGCGUCCUGGAGUUUGAGAUCUUUGAGAUUCGUCAAAGUAGUUUAUAACCUUCUCAGACACCCCACCCCUUUUUUUAUACACCCCUCCCCCCCCCCCACUAAUUCGCGCAUUUAAAAACGGGGCAGCUGCGGUGGACCAGUUCCUCGUGACAGGCUUUGUCGUGUGUGGUCAUGUGACGCGCAUUGCUAGUCAUGUGACCUGUCGUGGAAAUAGGUUUAUCUCUAUAAAACAGGAUUUCAACAGAAGAAGAUAGUCUUUCUUUCUUCUGUUGACAAUCGGUUUGUUAAGGUUACUAUCAUUAAAAUUUCGGACUUGUACAGGAAAUAAAUUACAGCGUAAGUUACCUCUUCUUCAUUAUAUUGUCAUUAAUCAUAGUUGUGGUUUAUACGGUAAGGUUUAUACUUUAUAAUAAUUAUGGGAAAUAUCGACUCGACCAUGACAUGACUGUAUCGGACGCAUCGUCAUCCAACUUUAAAGUGAAAGUAAGACAACACUACUACACUACACUAAAAAAAAGUGACAUUGAAAGAUUAUAUCAAAUUCAUUGUGAGGCAUUGUUACAUUGACUUUGUCAUUAUUCUCAUUAUCAUUAAUCAGUCUCACCUUAGUCAGUGACAGUGUUCAAUGAUUUGUUUUAACUUUAACAUUAAUUAGACUUAGUCUUAGACUUAGAAAUAUUUUAUUAUUUAUAGGGAAGCAUAUGAUUCAUAAUCAUAAAAUAUGAAUAUGGGCAUGGGAGGGUUUUCUAUGAAAUUAUAUUUAUAUAAUGUAAUAUAAUAAUAAUAAUCACCAAUUCAGAGGGGGGGAUCAGAGUCAGAGUACAAUUUUUUAUACAGUACAGAGUACAGUUGUCUUAUUCCUGUAAGUCUAAGUUAUUCACCUUCCUUCAAUAAACUUCAAUCAAUGUCAUUAUUACUGCCAUUCAUGAACAAUGAAUAAAAAUUGCUGUUGUGCUUCCAAGUACCUGUGAGUAGUGAUAGGGGCCCUAUACUAUAUAUGAAUAUGUGUUCAGUGUUAGAGCUGUCAAUUUUUUUUUUUUUUAUUGAUAUUGAUAUUUCCCAAAUCAUUAUCUAUUUCACAACCUCUUUUGUCUCUUAAUUUGAAAUACCUUAUUAUUUUUUUUUAAUCUACAGAUAUUGUAGCAUCACAGCAUCAUGUUCAAAGUAGUAGUACUUUUGCUCUCUGUGAGCUAUGCUUUGGCAGGACCAGCAUUCAUGAAGUAUUUCAAGAUCGAGCCAGCUCAUAAAACAGGAGAUGACAGCCUUAAAGUAAAUGCGCCAGAGUUUCCUAAUUCAGAUAUGCCCUCAAAUUUUGUUGGAGCUCCUGCAGGGGCUGUAUACAAGCUUUCCUUUGCUGACUAUGAAGACACAUGGCAGAGUUUCAAGAACAAUUUCAGUGAGUGUUUCAAUUUAAGAUUUAAAUAAUUUUUAUGAUCAGAACUCGUUAUUAAAUUUUUAUAUUUGGUUUCUUUGCUUUAAAUGAGAUAUGCCUAAUUAGACCGGGUUGCGUUUAUAGACUGAUUUGGAUCAAUAAAAACAAAGUAUCAAGUUUUGUGUUAUAAAUGUGUAGUGGGUCUUAAAUGUUUGUGAAAAAUGCAAAUGUCAAUUGUACAGAUAUUCCAUGGGACUGGUUCAAUGAGAUUGAAUACUUAACUGUAGUCUAUUUUAAAGAGGAAAUAGAAAAUAGAAGAUGAAUAAAGCUUUUUAUAUCUUUUGAUAAACUAAAACAUUAAAAUAAUUUGAAUGCACAUCAAGAAACUUGCGUGUGAACUAUCAAAGUCCUAUGAAAUCUUGUCUAUUCGCUAAAAUGUAUACCAGUCAUAAAUUUUCCUCAUUGGUGUUUUCAGAUAAAAAAUAUGAUUCUGUUAGUGAGGAGCGAAAAAGAUACAGCAUCUUCAUGGAGAAUGUGAACUUCAUGGAGUACCAGAACUGGAGGUUUCAUAAUGGAAAGAGCUCUUUCUAUUCUGAUAUCAAUCAUUUCAGUGAUUUAGUAAGCUAAUGCUUAUUCUCAGUUUUUGAAUGUUGCUUGAAUUUAAAGUGAUUCAAUCAUUCAUUAUACAUCAUAUAUAAUAUAUAUACCGUAUUUAUUGGCGUAUAGCACACACUUUUUUCUCCCUGAAAAUAGGGGGCAAAUGAUGUGUGCGUGUUAUGCGCCAAUUUAAUGUUUAGCUUUUUUUCCUGAAAUUUCCUUCUUAAAUUGAGGUGCGUGUUAUACGGGGGUGUGUUAUACGCCAAUAAAUACGGUAUAUAUAUUAUAUAUAUGCUAUAUAUCAGUGGUCAUAAUAUGAUAAACAAUAAAGUGUUAGAUUUGGUCAAUGUAAGGGUGUCUUCAUCAUAAAAAUAUGGCAAUAACAUCAGUUCUUUACCUAGUUUGCAGCUCUUUCUGUUUAGCUUAUCAAAUUAAUUAGGCUUUUAAUUUCUACACCAGUUUAUAUCAAAAUUUGCCUUAAAAAUUAAAUAAAUUUGCAGACAAAUGAAGAAUACCGUGUCUUGCAUGGAUUCAACUAUAACCGCACCCGACCAAACAGAAAUUGUAAUGAAUACCACCCAUCCACUAAAACUGUACCUGACAGUGAGGACUGGAGAGCUAAAGGUCUGGUUACAGCCAUCAAAAACCAAGUUAGUAUUUGGGGAAUUAAUUUGUGGGGAAAUUUAUUUCCUGUUGUAUAUUUGUAGACUAUUAACUUGAAACUGUACGUACAAUUGCUUGAUUUAAUCUUGCCACAUGUGCAGUUAGGGCUAGAGUUUUAAAGAGUUUUUUUUUAACUGGAAAGGGAUCUUCAACUUGUAUCAAUGAAAGAUUUGCAUGGAAUAAUUUUUAAAAAUGUGCUCACCAAUUUUUGUUCUGAAGGUCUUGUUCAUUCACUACAGAGUUUUGUUUUUAAACUUAAACCUGAAAUUUUAAAUAUGUAUUAUUGGUUGAAGUGUUCAUUUUUUUCAUUUAUGAAUUCUACCAAUAGCAGGUUUAAUUAUUGGAAACUCAUCACAGGGGAACCUAAUGACCUAAAUAACAAACAUGAUAAUAUAAAGACCAAUAAUAUUGUUUUUGAACACAAAAUGGCAAAAUAACUGUUUGGGAUGUGGUCCUUACUAGUUCCUUUUUGUUGCCUUUAAAAUUGAUUAAAGUAAUGUUUAUUAUGUCUUAGAUAUUAAGUGCCAAUAAUUCUAUCAAACAAAUUUAACUCUAUAUCUCACCAUUUCUUAAACCUGUAAUUAAUAAUUCCUAAAAUAUAUACUAGUUCUGUUACAUAUUUUUUUCAAUUAAGACAUUUUAAUCUUGUAAUGAUUCUAAUAUUAUAACAUAAACUUGUUCAUUUUUAAAUUUAAAUAUUAAAAAAAACAAAAACAACCUUAUCCAUUACCUCGUGAAAGGAUAUGACAUGUGAAAGGAUAUGACAUGUGAAAGGAUAUGACAUGUGAAAGGAUAUGACAUGUGAAAGGAUAUGACAUGUGAAAGGAUAUGACAUGUGAAAGGAUAUGACAUGUGAAAGGAUAUGACAUGUGAAAGGAUAUGACAUGUGAAAGGAUAUGACAUGUGAAAGGAUAUGACAUUCAUUAAAAAAUUUUAAAAUUAAGAAUAUUAAACUUUAAUUUUCACUUUGUGUUUAACAAAUUCAUUCAGCUAAAUUAAUUUAAUGUUAAGUGACAAUUAGUUGUUCAAAUUAAUUGAAUACCAAUUCAUCCUAUGUUUUAUGGUGUUUUUUUUCUCAACAGCAACAAUGUGGAUCCUGUUGGUCAUUCAGCACAGUAAGUGUCAUCAUAUCAUAAAUAGAAAUCCCUUUGUAUAAGUCCAGUUUAAGAUAAUUUAAUGUUUUGAAAGACUCCUUUUAAGAAAUAGACAAUAAAUAUAAUGAAAUUAAAAUGUCUUUUACCUUCAAUUUUCAAACAUGCUUUUUCAACUACUAUGUUGUUGUUUAGACUGGAUCAGUUGAGGGACAAUGGUACAAGAAAUCAGGUCAGUUAGUCGCCCUCUCUGAACAACAACUCGUGGACUGCUCUAGCAGCUUUGGGGACCAGGGAUGCAAUGGUGGUCUCAUGGACUAUGCUUUUGAGUACAUUAUUGAUGCAGGUGGUCUGGAAUCUGAAGCUAGCUACCCCUAUGAGGCUCAGGUUAGCAGUGGACAUUUAUUUUUACUACCAGCUUUGAAGAUUAAUUUGGCAUGACUUAUUUUGAAAAUACAAUUAAAACCUUAUUGCAAUUUAGUUUUUAAAUUGAUUAAUCAGACUAAUUUACAACAUUUGUAUUUAAAUGGAUUUGCACUUUGUUUUCUUAGGAUGAUACUUGCCGUUUUGAUAAAUCCAAAGUGGUUGCAACAAUUAGUAGCUGUGCAGAUGUUGUACCUCAAGAAAGUGAAGAUGCCUUGAAAAUUGCUGUUGGCAACAUUGGUCCAGUUUCUGUAGCUAUUGAUGCCAGUAGUCCAUCAUUCCAGUCAUACAGGGGAGGUACGUGUAGUAUUACAACCCUUUUAAUUAUCAAAAUAUGGCAGGGAAAGGGGUUUACAGACAGAAACCAAGGGUUAGGUGGCUCACCAGUCGACCAAGAAUGAAAUGGAUUGAUGAGGUAGAGAUGGAUUUACAUCACCUUGUAGUCCAUGCAUGGAGAUAAAAAGCCAUGGGAUGGUUUGAAUGGAAGGAAGUGAUGGAACAGACCAGAGUCCUCCAUGGGCUGUAGUGCCAAUGAUGAUGAUGAAUCCUUUUGAAAUAUGGGUUCAAUUAUUUUUUUCUAGGUUGGGGGAAUUUUAUGUCAUUCUUGUUUGCAUGAUUUAAUUUUCUUUUCUUUCUUGUUUUGAAAAUUAAAUAUUCAACUGCUUCACUUUAUUGUUAUUAAGAUUGGUGAUAUUUGUCCAGCACCAAAUCCAACAACUUUGGCUUAUCUGAUAUUCAUUGAUCAGUUAAAAUUAUGCAUUUGUUUCCAGUAAAUUUUAUAAAAUAUUUGUUACCAAUGAACCUGAGUUGAGUCGAUGAUGCUUGAAGUCACUGCAAGGACCUAAUAAUCAUUAACCUUAGCACCAGAAUAGUGUAAAAAAUUUUUGUUGUUGACUUCAGCUUGCAUCAUUUAAAUCUCAUUGACCUUCAACUUUUUUUAUUUCUAAAAUUAACUAGUCAAUGUAUAAUUAAUAAUAAACUUGAAUAGAGAGUUAAGCUUUAAAAUAUACGUCAAAGGUCACUUUAUGCAAAAUCAUUGGGAAGAAUUAAAGACUUUUUUUGCCACAAAAACAUUAAUGGCAUAUUUUUUGUACAUAAAGUUAUGCUAGAUGGGAUUUCAUUUUCUAUUUAUCUAUAAAUCUGUAAUUAUUUAAAGUGGUAGAAGGUUCAAAUGCCUUUUAUGAACACCAUUGCUGAGUUUUAUUUUCGGGCACACAAAAAACCCUUCAUUAUUAACCAUCAUCAGAACUAAACAAAACAUCUGAUUUAUCUGCUCUGCGUUUCUUCCAUUAUGGCCACGAACCGCUGGUAGCGCCAGUGUUUGUAUAACAUUAAAUGUGACCUAGAUUUAAUUCGGCCACAGCUGGUUUUUCAAUCUGGUAGUUAAUCAGUUAACAAAGCGAAUAAAAAAAAAAAUCUUAGAUUUAGGUUUAAUCUGCUUGUCAACAGCAGCUUAAAUGCCAUUAAAUCACUAUUAUUACUGAAGUAAAAAAUUUUAAUGUGUCAAGUCCCCAUCAUUUUCACUGGUGCAUACCAACCCACACAAUUUAGGCCACUAAUUUAAACAAAGACUUUGGGCAUAAAAAUUAAGAGUUGCAAAUGGUUUUAGAGUUUGUACUGUAUACAGCCAAAGGAAGUAAGAUAAAAGCAAGCUGUGGUCAAAGCCUAAUAAAAUUAUUUGGGGGACUGCGUUCAAGCCGUGGGAAGUAAAUGGCCGAACAAGAUAUGUUUAUGCUUAAAAACGAGACAGGACAAUUAAAAGGACAUUCCAGCUUAUUGCCUUCUUAAGCAGUUGAUACAAAACAAGUAACAAAUUAUUUGAAUUUAGAAACUUGAGUCCUACCAGGUCACAAUGUAGCUCUCUCAGUCUCUGUGAUCAAAGCAUACACAUGUUGUUCAUCUAGUUGUCUCUCUCAUCUUUUAGGUGUUUUUGACAACCCUGAGUGCAGUCAAACCCAGCUGGACCAUGGAGUGUUGGCUGUUGGGUAUGGUACUCAAGGAGGACAAGACUAUUGGAUUGUUAAGAAUAGGUAGGAUCAAAUUUAGACCAAUUUUUUGGUUACUUUUUAAAUAAGUUUUUCUUGGAGGAAUACUGCAGAUUGCAGUAGUGAAAAGACUACCAUGUACAAAAGACUCUUACCAUGUUUAUAAUCAGAUUAAGUGGCAAGAGUUGCUUAUCAGCAUCUGAAACACUAAAUCUGUAACCUUUAAUCAAAUAUGUAUUCAUUUUGCCCCAUUUACACUUUUUUAUGCAUGAAACUAUGAUAAAAAGCUUUUAAUUUUACAUGAAAAUCUUUGUUGUUGCGUGUGCCUCUCAACUUGCGCCUCUCUCAGCUGAACCUUAUUACUUCUGAGCUGUGCUCCAGUUUCACGAUUCAAUGAACAAUAAUUAAUUACCCUUAUUUGUUUCAGCUGGGGCAAAACCUGGGGAGACAAUGGGUACAUCCUGAUGGCCCGUAACAAGAAAAACCAAUGUGGUAUUGCAACAGCCGCAAGUUUUCCGAUUGUAUAAUUCAAGUUGUUAUAAUCUUCCUUGUGGCCUGCUUUUAAAAUAUCAUGUUUUUUUAAUGUGAUUAUUUAAAGACUCUAAAAAUGGGUUUUCAAUUCUGAAUAACAUCCAUCUCAGAAUGAAUGGAAGGAAAGAAAAUAGUGCUUGAAAUUAUUAAAAUUGAUUCCUUCCCUGUAGAAGAGUUAUUUUUGUCACCUUUUUAGAAAUUGGUUUCUCUUAUCAAAAUAGGCAGCUGAAAAUAUAUUUGCCUUGAUCUAGGGCCUCUAAUGGGCAGUAGAUUAUGUGUAUAAAUUUUUAGCUUUGUUUUAAAAAAAAUUAUGGGGUAAUGUUACUUGAAAUAUUGACACACAAUCAAGUCAAAAGUUUUAAAAAAUUUAGAAUUAAAAAAACAAGGUCUUUCGGAAUCAUUCCUUCAGCUAUUUAAGUAUAAGAAGUAAGAAUAUUUUUAUUCAACAAAAUUUUUGCUAGAUGUGAGGCUUGAAAAUUUUAAAUACAUUUUUAAAUCUGGCUCUGACUCAUCUCUGGAUAACACUUGAGUCAUCCAUGGCCUAUUGUGUUUUAAUAUAUUAUAAAAGUUUAGUUUAUUUUUUUUUAAAAUAAUGUAAAAGUUGUUCAUUUUCAUAACAAAAUUUUUACCUUGAGUGUUGUACAACCUGCAAUAUGCAAUUAUUUUUCUUGCAUUGGGAAAUUUGUACAUCCCAAUAUUUUGAAAUAUAAUUUUUAUCUUUCAUUUAAAAAUUAAUGCUAGUGUGUUUGAUUGAAUCUGAAUGAAAGGUGCGAGUCCUUAUCACCAUAUAUUGGGUGAAUAAUUCAUUCAUCAUUCAUUGAUGGUGCCAUCAGAGUAAAAUCUCAGUUUGAACUUCAGUAUUUGUCGAUAUUUUUUUUUUUGCCAACCCAGAUCUGAACUGUCUAAGAGGAUUGUUUUAAAAAAAAAUAGUAUUGUAAUUUCCUUGCUCUUCAGUCUUUUAGUACCUCUGAACAUGUUUUAAUAGUCUCAAUAGUUAAUUUAGUUUAUAAUAAUUAUUGCUUUUUGGUCUGAAGCUCUGCUGUAUGAUUUAUCUUUGUGCCAACAGCUUGAAAUGAGUGGUACACAUUUGAUUUUAUUUUUAAAAUAAGAUUAAAAUCAAAUGUAACAUAUGCACACACAAAAAAAUAUCAAAACUCUUUGAUUCACAUAAAGAUGCUUACUUGGUAUGUGUAAUAUGUGUAUGGAACAAAGAAUUUCUAGGAUACAUGAUCUGUAAAUAAAAAAAAAAUCUGAUGUUUUUGUUUUCUGUUAUCUUUAAAAAAUGUUCUCAAACAUCUGUGAAACAAUCACACAAAAAAACUUUCAUGUUUUCAAAGUUAAAGUACAUUUCAUUGAGUUUAUUAAAAGUCUUAAACAGAUUUUAAAUUCAAAAUUAUUUUUAGAACAAGAAAAACAUCACCAGAAUGAGUUGUCUUCCUCAGAAAUUGAGCUUUUUUAUUAGUUUUAUUUUACAAAUAAGUAAUAUUAGAUGUUAAUGCACUUGGUGAGAAUUAGCAGUAAAUACUUUUUCUGACUUUAGACAAUGGUUUUUUAAUUAAAGCAUUUUCGUUUUUUUAAAAAUUCAAUUCAUGGUAAAGUGUCUUACCUACAGCUAUCUUUUUCUACUUGUGUUUAUGUGCUGUCCGACCCAUCAGUUUUCACAUGGACACACACAGUUUUCAAUUUUUAAAAAUUGUCAAUUGUGAAUUGAAGUAAUUCACCAUUAUAUAUCAUCAGAAGAAAUAACUUUAGUUAACAAUUAUGGCAAAAACUGCCACUAAAACACAUUUUAAAAUUUAAUCUAUUUCUUUAUUUCAUCUGGUGACAUAGUUAUGAAAAGGUGCAUUGACAAAAAUUAGGUUUUUUAAAAAAAAAAAUCAAUCAUUGUGAUUACUAAUAACCGAGCCAUAAUUCUCUUUAUCAUUGUUUUUAUGGUCAGUCUUUCAAUAUGCAAAAUUUAUGGCAAGCCAAAUCUCCAUUUGGUUUGACUGCUACAGCUAUUUGUCAUACAUGACAAUGCAUGCAGUGCAGAAUUUAUUUGGUUAUUU